UUUGUUAAACAAAUGUUAACAAACAUUUCUUUUCGGUAGUUUGUUCUGGAAGUUUAUAAUGUGUACAGCGGACACGGGAAAGUACAUUCAUUUUCGGUUGUUUUUAUCGUCAUCAAUGAUAAGGAAUUUGUUCGACAUUUAUUAGGCAAGUUUUGUCUACACAUAGAGUUCUACAUAAAAUAACAUAAAGAUAAGAUUAAACCAAAUAAAUAUGCGCGAAUAAAGAAAGCUUUUAGUUGUUGUUAUUCAUAGUAUAAACAAAAAUGCUGAGAGGAAUAACGCACUAACGAAAGCUUUUGUUACUAGUUAGUACACAUUUAAACUUUGUAACAAAACGUUAGCGGAAGAUAAAUGACUACUCACUCCGCUAUAGUUUGAAAGUAGAGAGUUAUUUUCGAAACAAAAAUCUUCUAUAAUAAACUUGUUAAACACUAAAAUUCAAUAGAUAUAAUUAUAAGCAACAACAACAACCACAAUAAUAACAGAAAAAUAUACCAAAAAAAAAAAAACAUGACAGAUUUCAAUAGUAAUGAUGGUGAACAUGUUAUAGAACAAUUGAAACAAUCGGUAAAAUCGAUAAUUGAAAAAACCGGUUCACACAAAUUCACCCACGAAUUAAUCGACAAGAUCCAUAAAUUACAACUACAAUUAGAGGAAUUAUCAAGUUCAGAUAAAGUACAAUUUAUACAUGAAAUGAAAGAUUCUUUUCGUGCCACCAUCGAUAAGAUUGAAACGAAACUAAUGCAACAUGCUCAAUUCGAAAGAGUUUAUAAUUAUUCAAUAUUUGCUGCUUUAAUAUUUUUAUUAUUGUUUAUAUUUGCUCUCUUCGGUUAUAAAUUGUACAAAUCUUUAAUGGAGAAGGAAUUGAAGAAACAAGAGAAACUUAAACAGAAACAAUCCAAGAAGAGUAAAAAAGCCAAUUAAUUUUUACACAAUUCCAAAAGCUAAAAGAGAAGACAUUGAGACGAUAAAGAGAGGCUUUGUUUUAUUUAAGCCAGAGUUUAAAGUUUAAGUUAAUAAUAACAAUAAUAAUAUUUAAUAAAAAAAAAUGUAAU